AUGACCUCAGGCCCAGUUCGUGUCGCAGUCACCCAAGCCGAGCCGGCAUGGCUGGACCUGGCAGCCGGCGUCGCAAAGACCUGCGAACUGAUUGCACAAGCAGCACAAAACAAGGCAAAACUAAUUGCCUUUCCUGAAUGCUGGAUCCCAGGUUAUCCAUGCUGGAUAUGGAACCGGUUGCUUGACGUUGAAUUGAAUGUCGCGUACAUAAAGAACUCGCUUCGUCUCGACUCGCCUGAGCUGGCGCAAAUCCGAGCAUGUGCGAAGACCCACGCUAUUGCUGUGUCCAUGGGAUUUUCGGAAAACGAUAACAACUCUAUCUACAUCGCGCAAGUGUGCAUUGGGCCCGAUGGAGAGAUUAAAUCUCACCGGCGCAAGAUGAAGCCCACUCACAUGGAACGAACCAUUUUUGGGGAUGCCUCUGGAGAUUGUUUCUCUAGCGUUACGGAGCUUCCAUUCGGUCGAGUUGGACAUUUGUCUUGCUGGGAACAUAUUCAGCCACUAUUGAAAUAUUACACGUUCUCACAAGGCGAGGACAUCCAUGUCUCCGCAUGGCCGAGUCUCACACCCCACUCUGGGAAGAGCGAUCUUUGGUCCAUGUCUGCCGAGGGCUGCCAGACUCUUUCUCGGACUUACGCAGUAGAGUCUCAGGCCUUUGUCUUGCACUGUACGGCACUGAUCACCGAAAAGGGGAUAGAGAAAAUGGGAACGGGGGGAGGCGCUUUGAUGUCUUCCCGAGGAGGGGGUAGCUCUGCAGUCUUUGGGCCCGAUGGAAGAAGACUGACAGAACCGACUGAUGAUAAAAUGGAGACAAUCAUCUACGCUGACUUGGACAUGGACCAGGUAAUUGCGGCUAAGAUGUUUGCCGAUGCAACAGGACAUUAUAGUCGUCCUGAUCUCAUGACACUCAAUGUGACGAAGAAGGUCAAGAGGAUGGUUCAAAUUGAGGGUGAGGACCCAGUUAACACGCAGGUGGAGGGGACUUCCGCUGAGACCCACUUUAUUGCGGCGCGAAGCGUCGCCAAGCGUCGCCUACCCGCCGAAAAUCUCACUUGGCAGAGUUAUUGGCCUCUGAUUGGUUAG